AUGGAUGGUUCGGUCCCAGUGUUUUCAACUGAAGUUCCAGUGUCUUUUCAUAAUAACUCAAGGCCUUUGAGUAGUCACCCAUGUCACUGUAAACAUCUCCAAGAUUGUUGUAUGUCGUAGCCACAGAUGGAUGGUUCGGUCCCAGUGUUUUCAACAUAAGUUCCAGUGUCUUUUCAUAACAACUCAAGGCCUUUGAGUAGUCACCCACCUGAUAGUAAACACUUCCAAGACUGUUAACUGAUAAUUUACAUAUCUUUUGUUAUUAUUGUUAUUUUUUAGUAUUUUGAAUGCAAGAGAAUUUGAAUGGGAAUUACAACUUCGUUUCUAUUGGGCAAAAGAUACGGAUGAUCUUGUUAUACGACAAUGUACCGGUGAAUUUGGUUUCGGUUAUGAAUAUAUGGGUUUAAAUGGACGUUUGGUUAUUACACCAUUGACAGACAGAAUAUAUUUAACAAUAACACAAGCUUUAUCUAUGUUUCUUGGAGGAGCACCUGCUGGUCCCGCUGGUACAGACAAAACGGAAUCAGUCAAAGAUUUAGCCAAAGCACUUGGACUACUAUGUGUGGUAACAAAUUGUGAAGAAGGAAUGGACUUUUUGGCUAUCGGCAAAAAUCUAAAUGGUUUAUGUCAAAGUGGUGCAUGGGGUUGUUUCGAUGAGUUCAAUCGUAUUGAUGCCUCGAUACUGUCGGUUAUUUCGUCACAAUUGAAAACAAUUCAACAAGGUUUAAUUGGUCGUGUAAAACGAUUUGUGUUUGAAGGAACAGAAAUUGAUCUUGAUAGUCGUGUGGGUGUAUUUAUCACUAUGAAUCCAGGUUAUGUCGGACGUACGGAAUUACCGGAAUCAAUCAAAGCUCUAUUUCGACCAGUAAUGUUGGCUAAAAAAAUGACGGUUUUGUAUAAAUUGUCUCGUGAACAAUUAUCAAAACAACAUCAUUAUGAUUUUGGUCUUCGUGCAUUAAAAUCAGUUUUAGUUAUGGCUGGUGAAUUGAAACGUAGUUCAGCUGAACUUCCAGAAGACUUGGUGUUAAUGCGUGCUCUACGUGAUAUGAAUAUGCCAAAAUUUGUGUAUGAAGAUGUUCCAUUAUUUCAAGGAUUAAUUGCUGAUCUAUUUCCUGGAUUGAAAUGUGAACGAGUGACAUAUCCACAAUUUGAUAAAGCUGUUCGAGAUACAAUUACUUCAAUGCAUAAUGUUAUCGAUGAAGUUCAGAUUGAUAAAGUAGUGCAAUUAUACGAAACAAUGAUGACAAGACAUUCUACCAUGGUAGUCGGUCCUACAGGUGGUGGAAAAUCGACUGUGAUAAAUAUUCUAGCCCAAUCACAAACGAGGAUGAAUUCACCAACAAAAUUAUAUACAUUAAAUCCCAGAGGUUGUAGUGUUAUUGAAUUAUAUGGCUUUUUGGAUACGACAACUCGUGACUGGACAGAUGGUCUAUUAUCAAAUAUAUUUCGUGAGAUUAAGAAACCAACAGAUAAAAAGAACGUCGUUAUAUCUUGUACGAUGGU